GUGACGACAACGUCAACGUCCACUGUAAUAUGUCAACUUCACCGAUUUCGUUUCUUUAGCAGGGUUGUUACAGGUCACGCGGAGGCAAUGGAAGGAUUUUCUGUGACGGUUACAGAGGCUGUAUGUCUUGGGGCCAGCCUUGCUUUCUCAGGGAUCUUCUUCUAUAUGCACAGGAAGAGCAAGACAACUGUCAAGAAAUUAGAUAAUGCUCCACACUUCAUUAUAGAUGAAAAACUCAAAGACCUUUUAAAAGUUACCCCAGGGGCAUGUCUAAGUUAUGCUGUUGUUGAAGGUGCCGUGGAACCAGUAGGCAAGCCUCUGACGAGUCACUUCCACAAAGAAAUAGUUGGUGUGUUGCAACGAUUCACUUUAAAGGAGCACAAGCUGGUGUGGAGCAGUAUUUCACGCAUAUGGUUGGACACUGAACAAAUCUUACACCAGAGAGUGAAUAUGGUGCCCUUUCUAUUAGCUGGACUGGAUAACACCACAGUCAAAGUCCAGUCGCCCCUGGUAGCCUCUGGAGUACACACAGAGAUCACCAAUGAAAAGUUUCACCAAGCCAGUUACAGUUUGGGACAACUUGUACUACAGUACCUCAGUGGAGAGAAACCCAAAGGUCUCCUGGAGAUAGAGGAAAUGCUCAAAGUGGGAACAACCCUAACAGGCAUUGGCGAGUUGAUACUGGAUACAGAUGGCUCUGUCUGUCUCCGACCCCCCUCGGAUAAUUCACAGUAUUUCUUGAGCAUGGCAGACUUUGAAAUUCUGCGACGAGACUAUGACAGUAUAGCUAACUGGUGGAAAGCACUAACUAUUGCCUCUGCUUUGGCUGGAGCAGCGACUGUCUUCUGGGUUGGUCUACGCUUCUACAGACACUUAAAAGAUCGCUGGGAGCAGGAGGAGGAAAGCAGGGAAUUCGCAAGACGGCAAGCGGAAUCUCUACCACCUCAUGCCCAUGAAGCAGGCCCCGACGCCACACCAAAUGGGGCCGACCACGACACGAGAAAUAUCUGUGUAAUUUGUCUUAGUCACCCACGAGACUGUGUCCUUUUAGACUGUGGACAUGUAUGCUGCUGCUACGUCUGCUUCCAGUCCCUGCCCCAACGCACAUGUCCCAUCUGCAGACAGAACAUCGUCAGAGUGCUGCCGUUCUUUCAGUCGUGAGGCACCUGCGUGAUGACAUGACCGUUAUGACCUCAGUGAACUUUUAUACCUGAGACUGUGACAGUUUUACACAUCAGCAGUCUAAAGUGAUGCACUUUUAAUUUGAAGAUACAUGAGAAUUAAAACACAUUGAGCAAA